GAAGCUUUCUAAUUUUUUGCCGUUACAUUUCCAGGAUAAAUCCCGCAGUAUCAUAGAAGCAGCGGCAUUUCUACCUGCACAGAAAAGAAGCUUGACCGGUUUACAAGCUAGCAGGCCGUGUAAAUGACACCGGCUGAACUUCAUGUGGCACACAGGAUGAGUAUUCUCUGACACCAGCACUUGGCGCAACAGUGCAGUAUAAUCGGGCGAGGUAAGAGGGGAGCCUGGCUUAUAGCUGGAGCCUUAUGUGUGGCGGCUCCAUACUGCCGUGGCAAGCCAUUUUAACAUUCAUUCCUUUAAAAUAACCAUUUUGGUGUUACUAGAACUUGUUUUUAAUGGUUAUCUGGGAUUGCAGCUAGAUGGUUUACUGGCAUCACUGCAAUUUUGCUAAAAAACUAGGCUGAUCCAAUAGAGACAUUGGAUAAUUACUGAAAUCUGUUCAGCUAUGAAAUAUGUACUUCAGGCUAAACAAGUAUGUAUUCCAGUAGUUGCCGGUCUGUAUUAACCCUUAAAUGCAUGAAUGUUUUGCCAAUCGUUAUUACAGACACGUGCGGAGGGGGGUGCUUGGGCGCCUAAAGUGCCCUUUUGUAAUUAAACACCCUUUUGUGAAGGCCUAUUUGAUCUUUUAGUAAUUAGCCUUAAUUGCUCACUUUCAGACACCUUAAGUAAUUAAGGGCACUACCAUGAUGCCUUCAAUAACGUUUCUCAGUAGGGCCUUUCGCACCACAGGAACUAUUUCACAGUACCCAAACUAACUGUGGUGCUACCCAUUUCAGCCAUUUGCAUUUGAGACUAGAAAUGAUUCAAGUUCCAAGAACUACGUUUAAUCAGCUCCUAGUUCAGAGCAGGGUUUAAAACAGUUCCAGGGACUAUCAGUGACAUAAGUGUAAGCUGAUUGGCUAAACGUGUAUGACAUUGUAUCAAUGUGUUAUAAACGGCUUCCUCUUCUGCGUUUUCUGCUUGUAUCGGCCUCAGUGACAUGUAACAUGUGACAUUACUUCUUAAAAGGUACUGCUAAAUAGUUAUCGCAAAAUCGUCCCAGUGCUUUAGAACAGUACUUUUAUUUCCGGAACUAAAGUGCUAUAGUUCUCAGCGGAACAGUACACUUAUUUUUAUGAGAACCGUUCAAACAGCUGUUGUUUAUAUUGCCGUGUGUUGCCUGCGAAAGCAAAGUGUUUUCCUAAAGACAAUUUUUUUUACAUUUUUAUUCAAAUUAUCGUUGAAUAUUAAAAUGCAGGGAGAGUCGAGAACGAUGUCUUGUGCAUUUAAGGGUUAAAUAUUAACUGAUGUGAGCACUGACCAGAACUAUAGCUACACCUGAAACCGGCCUUUGUGCUAGUUGGAAGUGAAUAAGAAGUAGGAUAGGAAUGCGUAAACUCCUUUUUUUUUUCGAGGACACAGGUUAGUCUUGUGAGAUGAAUGUUAAACCCGCUUGCCAUAUACUGCGGCUGUUGAGAAAAGCCUUCUGGAUGGUCCAUUCAGACGAUGCCCCCAACAGCGCGCGGACUUCUGCUGCACCUUCACUGUUUACUUCACACACGAAGAGCCUCUGACGCGCGGAAAAUGGUGCAACUGGCAAAAGGCGGAGUGAUGUAGUACUCUUAAGUGCCAUGAAGAAACAGAAGCAGAUUCCACGCCGGUCUAGCAGCACAUCCAUCGCUCCACACGCCUGAAGAUGAAGAUGAUCUCAUGCUUGCGCCAGUUCACCUCCCUGUCUCGCUUAAAAACAAUGUCUUCGAGGAAAUGCGCCGCGUGAUUCAAUAUCUCCCGAUCGCUUUGCCGCUUUAAAUGAAUUAAACUGCGACCCAAAAAUGAAAUUUCCAACGGAAAACCCAAGGAAACCAGGGAACUGGAACCCUCCACCAGUGCCAGUGCAGACCAACCUGGUGCCGCCGAAGAAGGUCCAACCAGGGAUGUUGCAGUCCAGCUUGGUGCAGGCCAGUGUGGCCACCAUGCAGAACCCCAUGGGCUGCUCUUUACCUCGCCUUUCUGUCUCCCGGCCCGCUAGUAUGGUGGCCAGCAUGGAAGCGGUGGCGGACGGCUCAGCCCUCCUCACGGUCAUGAAGUGGAAGACUGUCCUUGCCGUGUUUGUGGUGGUGGUAGCGUACCUGGUCGCCGGCGGUCUGGUGUUCAGAGCCCUGGAGCAACCUUUUGAGAGCAACCAAAAAGACGCCAUCACUUUGAAGAAAGCCGCCUUCCUGGAGAAACAUACCUGCGUGACCCGAGAUGAGCUGGAAGAGCUCAUCAAGCACUCCGUAGAAGCAGUGAACGCUGGCGUCAGUCCUAUCGGAGACACGUCAUACAACUCCAGUCACUGGGAUUUAGGGAGCUCCUUUUUCUUCGCUGGAACCGUGAUAACAACAAUAGGUUACGGCAACAUCUCUCCAAGUACAGAGGGUGGGAAGAUUUUCUGCAUCCUUUAUGCAAUUUUUGGCAUCCCACUCUUUGGCUUUCUUCUGGCUGGUGUUGGUGAUCAACUAGGGACGAUUUUUGUGAAGAGCAUUGCUAAAGUGGAGAAGAUGUUCAGGCGCAAACACAAUCAAAUAAGCCAGACCAAGAUUCGAGUGGCCUCUACAUUGCUCUUCAUCUUGGCUGGCUGCAUUCUCUUCGUCACCAUACCAGCCAUUAUCUUCAAGCACAUUGAAGGGUGGACUGGGCUGGAAGCGAUUUAUUUUGUGGUCAUCACACUGACAACUGUUGGGAUCGGAGAUUAUGUUGCAGGAGGCAAUCGAAGAAUAGAGUACCGGAAAUGGUACAGACCGCUGGUGUGGUUCUGGAUCCUGGUUGGGCUGGCUUACUUUGCUGCGGUUCUGAGCAUGAUUGGAGACUGGCUCAGGGUGCUUUCUAAAAAGACAAAAAUGGAGGUGGGUGAAAUUAAGGCUCACGCUGCCGAAUGGAAAGCCAACGUUCGCGCAGAGCUCCGUGAAACCAGGCGGCGGCUCAGCGUGGAAGUCCACGACAAACUGCAAAGGGCCGCCACCAUUCGCAGCAUGGAGCGCAGGCAACUAGGUUUCGACCAGCGGGCCCAUUCCCUGGACAUGCUGUCCCCCGAACGACGAGCUGCCUUCAACAGCCUGGACACCGCCAACUACAAAACAUCCUCCCAGGAGAGCAUCGACACAAAGCUCAACAACUUGCGUCUACGAGUUGAGCAGAAUGAGCAUCGGCGGAGCGACCCAAGCCAGGCGUACUCGGAAGACAACAUUUUCAACCGUCUUGGCUCAGUCACAAAACUAGCCAAACGGAACAAGAACAAAGAGUUGAGGAAAAACAUCCCAGACGACGGCAGGAAAGCCUUAGAUUCCUUCAGCUGUAAUACUCCCACAAUGGAUGAGGAGAAGAAAGAGGAGGCAGAGGACGAGGAGCUUGAGAAAGAGGUCAACACCAGUCUGACCAACUUACCUCUCUUUGUGGAGAGCCCCAAUAAACAAAACGGAUUCAUGCCUCUACCGCCACAGACCAAAGAGGAAGAAAACGAGACAAAACUUGAAGACAAAGAGUUCCAUUUGCAGAUGGAGCCCUAAGGGGAAAUGUGUAGGAAAAUAACAUAUGCCUAAAGUGCCUUGUUUAGCCCUUACCCUGAGCUGAGAUAUGAGAAUCUCAAUUUCUGCUGUUCAUUUAACUGUUCACUGUGUCCUGAUAACUUGAUAAUGGAAAUAUGGUGACAGUAGCACUGGAAGACAACUGGUUCUGUUCUUCAGACAACUGAAAAAUGCUUGCGUUUUGUGUACUGGACAAAAUCCGUAGCAAGCUACAUUGGCAGAUAGUAUGAAUUGUGACUGAAAGUGCAGACUGUCUCUUUCUGCCAGACUGUGCUUCAAGGUCAUCUGUCAGGAAGCAUAACUGCUUAAAAACAAUGUCUGUCCAGAUCCCCACCCAUUCAAAAUGAAGAAACCUACCUUGAGACUUGAAUUCCCUAUGAUCAUAGAUGAUCAAACUCUUUGAAUAUGAAGAAACCGUGUUAAAUUGGUGACACAUUGCAUAUGCACGGAACUCUACUCACCUGUAAAACAAGUCAAGUGCAUCGAUAUGUGAUCCAGAUUUAUGAAGUUAUCCUAUGAAAUCUCAGGGCUUGUAGUCCUACUGUAAUUGUCAAAUUGUAAGGUAUGUCUGACAUACAAUUUGCUAAAUAUCUAAAGCUGUUGCUACACGGUACUGUUUUCAUAGUUUUAAUUUUAGGACAGUGGGACAAAAGAGAAGCCAUAAGGUAGAAAGUCAUGGAAGGUUGAAUAUCUAGUAGAGUUUAGUCACAAACUGCUGAACAUAUCCAUUUAUUUGAUUUAAAGGGAUAGUUUAGCCAAAACUCUAAAAACCAAAAAAUGUUUAAAAUGUUUUGUUGAAGUGAGUAAGAUCUAGGGCUGGGCGAUAUAUCACAUGCUAUAGUCAUGUGCAUCUAAUUCCUUAAUUUGUGGUAAAUCUCAGUCACCUUCAAAUAGAGCGGCAGUUAAUACACGGAGCUGUUGAUCACUGACAAUCAUUUUUGCGUAGCUUGUCAGUGAUCUACGGAUGCUAUGCGUGACUAUAACCUAGCCCUAGUAAGAUCCAAAACGAGAUAUGUUGAUCUUGCCUUUUCUAUUUUUGGGUGUACUGUCCCUUUAAGCAAUUGUCAAAUAAGCAAUUUCUGAGAAUAAAGUGAAUCUUGUAGCCAAUCUGCAGAAAGGGGCGUGCCCACUCAUAAAGGGGGAGGUGCCUGUUGCAUAGCAUUUGAAUGUGGAGGCUGAGCUGACAAGAUAGGAUGCGAUCCAUUUGGGAAGGGGCCUGUUUUAGCUAUUUCAAAUAUCAACAGUUUUGCAGAAAUCGCUUACAGCACCUUUAUUUAUUUGACAUAUUCACAAUGUUACGUUGAUUUGCGAACGAUCAGGGUAAAAUCUUAAAUAAUCGAAGUCCACUAGACAUUCUGUACGUGAAAUAUGAAAGAAAUAUAUGGCAUACUUAUGUCUCAGCUUUAUGAAAGUAUAGGAUGCAGUUUCAUUUAGGAUUGACAGGGAAACGCUAUUUAUUGGUUUGAAAAUACCAUUUUGCACUUUUUACCACUUUCUCUCUUUAGUUCCGUCUCUUCUUGUCCAGAAUGUUUCUGGACUAAGACUUUUGACACACCACUAAACAAUGCCGUGCUAAUCGCCUGGGAGCGUCUGACAUAUUUGUGUGUUUGUGCGUGUGUGUAUGUGUGUGUGUGUGUGUUUUUGUUGAAACCAAAUACCGCUUCGUCUGAUGUGAUUGUUGUCUUGCUGACUGUAUUAAUGAAAACUCCCUGAGGCAGACACACGUAUCGGUACCUCAUUCCCACCACCUCGUAAACGCACACAUACACAUUUACAGCUGCAGCAAAAUGCUUGUUGUUGAGCUAAUGUUAAUUACUCUUUUCAUGUUUGCAAUAGUCUAGAGCGAAUGCAGCAACGGACUGAAUAUUUGUUAUAUGAAAAAAGCUAUGAAAAUUUUAAAGCAUUCAAAACUAUUUAAAGACAUGGAUCCCUUAAAGCAUGCUAUUGUGCUAAUAUGUUAUCAUGCUAUGGUAUUGAUUGUACCACAAACAUGCUUCUUGAGACUUUGAAAUGUCCAUGUUUGAGCUCUACUUUCGGGCUGCACAUGCUAGUAAAUUGCUGUUCGCAGUAUCUGCAGUAUCUUGUGCAACCAUUACAUUCAAUGUAGUGAGUGCCUUUUGGAAAUAAACACAGUUGAAGAAAAAAAAACCCAAAA